AUGGAGCAUCUGCUGGAACCUCAUAUUUUCUGCCUCCAGCGACUCCUAGCCGAAGUUGAUGUUGACUGCGAAUCGCUGAAAUUAGGCUCAAUCGCUGCGAUUGUGUCUGUGGUCGCGCUGUACUUCGGAUACAUCUACCUAUCGAGUCUGGCGGAAUCACCAGUCACAUUCAACGUCCCACUACCAGAACAACUGAAACCGGAAUGGAACGGGGUGAAUUGGGAAGCCCUGGAAGAAAAUGAUAGGAAGAUAGCCGAAGGUCAGAUAAAAGGAAAAUGGAACACCGAGCGAAUCGUGAGCUAUUGCCCGGCCGAUGGACGUAUACUGUCUACGGAUACUCCCCUUGAUACGCGCGAGUCGGUCGAUAGUGCCGUUCAAGAUGCGAAGCGCGCCCAGGCCGAGUGGGCGCAAACGACAUUUACGCAGCGCAGGAAGCUUCUCAGGACAUUACUCAAAUACGUUCUCGAGCACCAGGAUGAUAUUGUCACUGCCUGCUGUUUGGAUUCUGGAAAGACAAAGGUCGACGCUUCGUUUGGGGAGAUAUUGGUUACGGCAGAGAAACUCAAAUGGACUAUCGACCAUGGGGAAAAGGCUCUCACGACCGAAAACCGACCCACAAACUUCCUCAUGAUGUACAAGAAAAAUAGCGUCCGCUACGAACCACUCGGAGUUGUCUCUGCCUGUGUUUCUUGGAACUAUCCUUUCCACAAUCUGAUUUCUCCCGUCAUUAGCGCCCUCUUCGCCGGAAAUUCUAUCGUUGUGAAGCCUUCGGAGCAAACAGCAUGGUGCUCUGCUUUUUUCGUUGAUAUUAUCCGAGGAGCCUUGAUCAGUUGUGGCCAUUCGCCGGAUCUAGUUCAGAUUGUCGUUUGCUUGCCGCAAGUCGCAGAUACAUUAACCUCACACCCCGAUAUUUCCCAAUUGACCUUUAUUGGUUCCAGGCCUGUUGCUCAUAAGGUGUGCGAGUCCGCAGCCAAGGCCCUGAUACCAGUCACAGUAGAACUCGGCGGAAAAGAUCCUUUCGUCGUGCUAGAUGACUCGAAAACGGUGUGCGAUCUUGCGUCAAUCGCAUCUAUCCUCAUGCGUGGUGUAUUUCAGUCUGCAGGCCAAAACUGCAUUGGCGUUGAGCGCGUGAUCGCCCUUCCAGGUACAUACGACAAGCUCAUCGACAUGGUCACACCUCGCAUCAAAGCGUUAACACUGGGCUCAAUUCUUCUUGACACAAAGAUCGACCGGAAGGAUCCCAGAUCUGCCCCUUUCACACCUGAUGUUGGAGCAAUGAUCUCACCUGCCAAUUUCGUCAAACUGGAGUCUCUCAUCGCCGAGGCUGUAGAUCAAGGUGCACGGCUAGUCUGCGGCGGACAGGCUUAUAAGCACCCCAAGCAUUCGCACGGCCACUACUUCACGCCAACUCUAUUAAUUGAUGUUACGCCUUCAAUGCGUAUAGCCCAAGAGGAACUUUUCGCGCCUGUCAUGGUUGUGAUGCGCGCAUCGUCUGUUUCAGAUGCGAUUCGUAUCGCGAAUUCCACGCCUUACGCACUAGGAGCUAGUGUAUUCGGACAUAACUCUCGUGAUGUGGAGACCUGUGUUUCUGGUAUCAAGGCAGGGAUGGUCGCUGUUAACGAUUUUGGCGCUUUCUACGCUGUUCAGCUGCCUUUCGGCGGUGUCAAGGGAUCAGGGUAUGGCCGGUUUGCCGGGGAAGAAGGAUUACGAGCAGUUAGCAACUUGAAGGCUGUUUGUGUCGAUAGGUUUCCGAGGCUUGUUGGCACCAAGAUACCCCCCCGAGUGGACUAUCCGAUUUACAAGGGUGAGGACAAGAAAAAUAGUGGGUUUGGGGCGUGGGAGAUGUGUAAGGGAGUUGUUGAGACAGGAUUAGGUUAUUCUUUUACAACACCUAAUAACUGA